ACCCAGGCGACGCAUGCGCAGAGCCCCAGCAUCACGCAGCAGCUCAAGCAGCGAGAGCCGCCGGGGAGAAGGGUGCUGUCGUGUUUAUUUUACGCGAUAUAAACUUUUCUCCGCAAUGUCGGCCUUCGACAGCAAUCCCUUCGCUAACCCAGUGGACGUAAAUCCCUUUCAGGAUGCAUCAGUUGCACAAGCCACCAGCAGAGCCAAUGAAAACCUCGGGGACUACAACCCGUUCUCUGCACCUGAAAUGGGAAACAUCUCUGGCAAGACCAUCCCCGUCUCUACUGCAUCCUCUCAACCUGCUGUACUACAGACAUCUGUGGAGCAAACCCCACGAGCUACUGCAGCUGCUGCCCAGUCCAACCUGAUCAAACAGCAGGAGGAGCUGGAGAGGAAAGCAGCAGAGCUGGAGCGGAGGGAGCGGGAGCUGGAGAACAGGAGCACAGGCAGACCGGCAAACCCUGGAGUUAAAGAGAACAACUGGCCACCUCUUCCAAACUUCUUCCCCAUGAAGCCCUGCUUCUAUCAGGAUUUUGAGGAGGAAAUCCCUGAGGACUACCGCAGGAUCUGCAAGAGAAUGUACUACCUCUGGAUGUUCCACAGUGCCACUCUCUUCCUCAACGUGCUGGCCUGCCUGGCUUACUUCACUGUAGACAGUAACUACGGUGUUGACUUUGGCCUGUCUAUUCUUUGGUUUGUCCUCUUCACCCCUGUGGCCUUCGUCUGUUGGUACAGGCCAGUCUACAAGGCCUUUAGGUCUGACAGCUCUUUCAGCUUCUUUUUCUUCUUUUUUGUCUUCUUCUUCCAAGUGGCCGUUUACAUUAUCCAAACUGUGGGGAUUCCCCAUUGGGGAAACAGUGGAUGGAUCACAUCAAUCACCAUGAUCAACAAGAACCUGGCUGUGGCUGUGGUUAUGAUGGUAGUGGCUGGCUUUUUCACUGUAAACGCUAUCCUGGCUGUCAUCCUGCUGAAAAUGGUCCACUCUAAAUACAGAAACACAGGUGCCAGCUUCAGCAAGGCCCAGCAGGAGUUUUCCCAAGGUGUCCUGACCAACCGAACUGUCCAAAGUGCUGCAGCCAGUGCCGCCAGCUCCGCUGCCCAGGGAGCCUUUGGCAGGAGCCAGGGAAAUUAGUCUGAUUCCUACAACUUAAGUGCCUCAGGCUGUUCUCUUCUCUGACCAGCAUACCGGAUUAGGCACGUCCCAACAUUAUCCAGCUGGUGUAGCGCAUGGGAGCUAAAUUAUUUAAAGGAAAAGAGCAAAAAAACAAGUAACUUACGAGGAUCGGCCUAGUGGGGUGUGUCUGUUCUGUUUCCACUAAAAAAAAUGUAAAAAUUAAGAGUGAGUAAGAUACACAGCUAAGACAUAAAGUCCUCCUUAUAAGAACCUGCUCUGUCAAUUAAACUUUAUUUGUAUAGCAUCUUUGAUGAAGGUCACUGAAGGUCAAAGAGUGUCACAGAUGAUUGACAAGCUGAUAAUGAGACAGAACAGCUUUUAAAAAGUCUGUGAAAAUUAAAAGAUUAAAAAUAAAAUAGUUUGAACAUGUAACGACUUGCACAGAUCUCAUCAGCAUAUGGCAUGUUCAUUUAUGCUUUUAGGGAAACGUCCAGUAGGAAAUCUGAAACUGAGGUUUAAUUGGACAGGAGGCAAAGUGAGGAUGACACACACAUCACUGUAGCUAUUGAAAGCAUUUGACAGAGUAGACUAAAGAGAUAAAUGUGAGAUUAUCUGCAAUGAAAGAAACAUUGAUUUAAAUCCUAUAAUUCCUAAGGAUCCCAGUAAAAAGUAUUUUUCCCUGCUAGAACUGACAUACCGAGGCUUGAAAUAUAAACACUCUGUGCAAGGUUGGAUUAUAUUAAAAGCAUACCUGACGUGCGAAUGUUUUCCUGUGAGUGGAUCCACAAUUUUUCUUUUUUUUUUUUUUUUAAACAUUACAUGCGGAGCAGUUACCUUCCUCUCAUGAAGAAGGAAAAAAAAAAAAAAAGAGGAUUCAUCGUGUUACACUACUGUACUGUGCUGCUUGAAUUUAGCUAAAUUUGAUGUUUUGGUGUGCAGGUGACUGUAGGAUGAGCUGCUGAUUAAUGAAGGUGAUGGGAUGAAGGGUGUCCUUUGUACUCGUUUUAAUCAGCUUACUGAUUUUUAAUGAAGAGAGGCUUAAAGUUCUUGGCACAAAUGAAGAUGCUAAAUUUUAAUUCAUGUUAAAACUUUGUCAUAAUGCAGUGCAGCUUCAGUCUGAUUAAAGUGAAAAGGGGGGUUUCAGGUUUAAUCUACAGUUACUGAAAGUAUAGAAUUUAGAUGUAUUUACAUGAAAAGUGCAUUGAGCAGAAAGAACACAAUAUUUGCCCAUUGUUUUGACUUUGUGCCCACAGCAGUUGUACUACAUGUUAACUUAAUAUUUUCUUUAUUUUCUAGCUGCACCUACUUGUAAUUAGGUAUUCGUAUUUUCAUGCCUUUUGUGUGUUUGUGUGUGAGAGAGAGAGAGAGAGAGAGAGAGAAAAGUAUAGAAACUGUAUUUCUGAUCUUAUGUUUGUACCUCAGUGCCUUUAAACAGAAGUAACCUACAAACCUUUGUGUGGGGAUUCAAGCACAAGACUGUUGAUUAUUAAUGUUAGUGUCUUGUUUUAUCUGUACCCUGUGGAACAAAUGAAUCGUGGUGAAGUUUUCCUGUGAUCAGAAUGUGUGUGAAGAUGUACAUAUUGGUGACUUAUUUAAAACAUUAACUGAUGGGGUAUGUGUUGGAAAUUGUUUCUCAGUCUUAACAUUAAAUAAACUUUUUUUUUUUCUCUAAAAA